CAUCAGCCAGCCGCCCCCGUGUGCUCCACGCGCUCUAAACUGCUUCUCUCCAGAUGUUGCAGCUCGCAGACAUGAGCGGACAGCUCGAGGAAACGCUACUGUCAUGACGCGCACGGAUUUAAAUCCUAAUCAAACUUUUUAAUUUUGUUUGGACGCUGAUCAGCUGUUUCCAGACCGCAGAGAUGGAGUACUGGAGGCAAUGUGCGAUGUGGCUGAUCGGCUGCAACGUCCUGCCGGCGAACCACCGGGUCACCGCGGACACGGCUAAGGUGUUCGACCUGGCGCAGACCCUGCGGGACGGGGUCCUGCUGUGCCAGCUGCUCAACAACCUGAAGCCUCACACCAUCAACCUGAAGGAGAUCAACCUGAGGCCGCAGAUGUCCCAGUUCUUGUGCUUGAAGAACAUACGGACUUUCCUGUCCUCUUGCUGCGAUACGUUUGGGAUGAAGAAAAGUGAUUUGUUUGAAGCCUUCGAUCUUUUUGAUGUCAGAGAUUUUGGAAAGGUCAUGGACACUCUGUCAAAGCUUUCUUAUACAGCAGUGGCUCAGCAAGGAGGAUUCAAGCCAUUUCCAAUGGAGGAGAGCCUGAAAGACGAGGAGAUUUACAACAACCUCCAGGACUUGAUUGACGAGAAUGUUCCUGAGGAUGAAGACGACUUGUAUGCAGCGGUAUACGGGCUAGAAGACGAGUAUGCUGGUGGCGAGAUCUAUGAAGACCUUAUGAAGACUGAGCAGCAUGCACCAUUGAAACAGGCGGAAGUUGAUGUUCGUAGCUGCUGUCUUUCAGAGAUUAAACAGACAGAAGAGAGAUACACAGAGACUCUGGAGUCCAUCGAGAAGUACUUCCUGAAUCCAUUAAAGAAAUUCUUCUCUGAGGCCGAAAUUGACAAAGUUUUUGUCAACAUUCCUGAUUUGGUAAAAGUUCACAAAAGCCUCAUGGCCGAACUGCAAGACUCCAUCCUCAACAAAAACGCCCUUAAUCUCUACCAAAUCUUUAUCAGCUAUAAGGACAGACUUCUCAUAUAUGGGAUAUACUGCAGUCGGGUGGAGAUCGCCAUCGCUGUCUUAGACCUUAUCUGCAAAGAGAAAGAGGAUGUUCGCCUGAAACUAGAGGAAUGCUCCAAAAGGGCCAACAAUGGGAAGUUCACCCUGAGGGACCUGUUGGUUGUUCCAAUGCAAAGAGUUCUGAAGUACCAUCUAUUGCUACAGGAACUUGUGAAACACACUCAUGAUGCUGCAGAUAAGACCAACCUGAAAAUUGCUCUGGAUGCCAUGAAGGAUCUUGCUAUGUAUGUCAAUGAAGUCAAGAGAGAUAAUGAGACUCUGCGGGAGAUUGACCAGUAUCAGAGAUCUAUUGAAAACCUGAAUCAGCCACUCGUGAGUUUUGGUCGACCAAAAGGAGACGGGGAGGUGCGCUUAAUCUCCACUGUUGACAAGAGGAAACAGGACAGGCAUUUAUUUUUAUUCGAUGUAGCAGCCAUUAUUUGCAAGCGAAGGGGAGACAACUAUGAGAUGAAGGAUAUACUGGAUCUUAACUACUUCAAAGUCACAAACAAUCCCACAUCUGACAGAGAAGGCAAAAAGUGGUGCUACGGCUUCUUCGUCACACAUCAGCAGGGCCAUACAGGCUUCGAGUUCUUCUUUAAGACCAGAGAGCUGAAGAAGAAGUGGUUGGAUCAGUUUGAAAUGGCAAUCUCAAAUAUCCGACCAGAAAAGGCCAACCAUAACUCCCACCAGUUCCGGAUGCACACAUUUGAAAGAAUCACUUCAUGUAUUUACUGUCACCUAUUGCUCAGGGGCAUCUUUAACCAGGGUUAUGUGUGUCAAAAAUGUGGUCUUGGGGCUCAUAAAGAGUGUCUAGGUCGACUGGGAGUCUGUGGGAGAACAGAUCCUGUCAAGCUGAGGCCCAAGGAGACCACAGCAGCAGCAGACUCAGGUUUACCAAGGAUGAUUGUGAUCAGGGACUACAGCGGUGUCCCCAGUCCCCUGUGUGGUCCUGCUCUAAGCAUUCAGGCGGGGGAUGUAAUUGAGUUGAUGUUUGCUGACCUGCACAGCUCCUGGUGGCAGGGCAAAAUUCUGGCGACAAGCAAAACUGGCUUCUUCCCAAGUGAUGCUGUGAGGCCUUGCCCAUGUGUUCCAAAACCUGUCGAUUAUUCUUCCCAGCUUUGGUUUGCAGGGCUGAUGGAGAGAUACCAGGCUGAGGUGGAGCUUAUGGACAGAGAGAAUAGCACUUAUCUCGUUCGACACCGGAGCAAAGAGUGCAACGAAUAUGCCAUUAGUAUAAAGUUCAAUGAUAAAGUCAAGCACAUUAAGAUUUUGACCAAGGAUGGAUGUUUUUACAUCGCUGAGAGUCGGCUAUUCAAGAGCGUGCUGGAAUUGGUGGAGUACUAUAAACAACACUCUCUGAAAGAAGGUUUCAGCAGCCUUGACACCACUCUGCAGAUUCCUUACCGAGAACUGACCAAUGGAAACAUGCCUAAAGCAAUUAACAAGGUUUUCAACGUAGUUCCUCCUGGCGGCUGCAGCUUUGUUCCUCCCUCCUCCUCGCCUUUCUGGUCAGUUUUUUCUCCUAGGGUAGUUGGUAUUGCAGUGGCACGUUACGACUUCAGCUCUAGAGAUACCCGAGAGCUGUCUCUACAGCAGGGAGACAUUAUUAGGAUCUACACCAAGAUGUCCAAUGGUUGGUGGAGGGGAGAGGUCGACGGCCAGGUGGGUUGGUUUCCCUCAACUUAUGUGGAUGAAGAAGACUAGCUGCACACAACAAGAAGGAAACCGGUGACAUGCAAUCACUGCCACCCUUUGUACCUAUACUUAGAUCUUUCUGAUAAAACAGGAACAUGAGAUGAAGUGGCUCUACCCUUUAAAAUCAUCCACUGGUUGCUGACAGACUCUCACAAGAAGAGGAGCAGGGGGUUUAAAAAAAAAAA